CGUCCCCCUGGCCCCAACUCGUCCGCGCACAUGCCUCGGGCCAGCCACGGUGCGCACCACCACCCCUCUUCCUGGCCGCCCUCUUCGGCGCACCCGAAGAUUGGUCAGUGCGAGAUCCCGGCGCUGGUCGCAGGCCUCACCUUCACGCAGGUUGCCGUUGGAGAGGCCCACACGGUGCUGCUCAAGAGCGACGGCACCGCCAUUGCUUGCGGCGACGGUCAUUUUGGUCAGUGCGAGCUCCCUGCGCUUGUCGAGGGCCUGGUCUACACCCAAGCUGCUGCUGGAGUGGAGCAUACGGUCCUGCUCGGGAGCGACGGUACCGCCACGGCCUGCGGAAGCGAUUAUUUUGGUCAGUGUGAGCUCCCAGCUCUGGGCGCGGGUCUGAGCUACACGCAAGUUGCCGCUGGAGAGUACCACACUGUCCUGCUCAGGAGCGACGGCAUCGCCGUGGCCUGCGGCGGCAAUGGUGAUGGUCGGUGCCAGAUCCCAGAGCUUGUCGCGGGCCUACGCUAUACGCAAGUUGCCGCUGGGGGGGCCCAUACAGUGUUGCUUAGGAGCGACGGCACCGUGGUGGCCUGCGGCGACGAGACUUCUGGUAAAUGCGAAUUCCCGGCACUGGUCGCUGGCCUGACCUACGCGCAAGUUGCCGCUGGAGGGGACCAUACAGUCCUGCUCAAGAGCGAUGGCACCACCGUAGCCUGCGGGCGCAAUCAUGAUGGUCAGUGCCACCUGCCAGCGCUGGUCGCGGGCCUGUCAUACACGCAAGUGGCCGCUGGAAAGAAUCACACAGUCCUCCUCAGGAGCGAUGGCACGGCCGUAGCCUGCGGCCGCAACAGUGACGGCCAGUGCGACCUCCUGGCGUUGGUCGGGAACCUGACCUACGCACCCCAUUUGUUUCCAGCGUUACUCCUGCAGGCGUCUCUCGACGGCGACUGGAUACGUUUUGUGAACCUCAGCGGGGCGGAGCGCUGCAGAACUAAGGCAGGGCCCACCGCUCGCCUUGCAGACGUCUACGGGCAGUUGAUGGCCGACCAUCGUGCUGGGAGGCUGGCUUCCGUAGCCUGGCGAGUCGACGCUGUCUUGCCGGGGGGGCGAUUUCUCAGUGGCGUGUCGGCCGAGGAGACGGUCGCCAGCGUCUUCGAGCCCGCUCGUCCAGGCUUAGCCGUCGAGCCCAGCGCAGGCUGAGCCUUGCUUGUUUCACGGUUGCUUCCGAAAC